ACAUCCCAUAGUCCUACAGAGUAGCAAGACAGUGCAGCAGUGUUCAUUUAGCAACUCAAUCAUGUCUGAAGACAGUAAAGAAGACAUCAUGCCUGAGAACAGCUCACAUGUUGGAACAUCUGCUCCACUGAUCACACUCAAUAACGGAGCAGAGGUCAGGGAUGUCUAUACAGAGUCCACUGCUAAUCAGAGGACUGCUGAAGGCGAGUCAGCUUCCGUACCUUCGGUCAUUGCUCUGUUGUUGCGGAUGCUGGAGGCAGCGAAGGCUCGGGGCUCGGUGAACUCGCACGGUGCUGAAGGACCAUCUCCUUCCGGUGACAGGACCGUCCGUGAGGAUCCCAGUGCAGACCGAGUCCCAGAUCCACCUCAGCGGUUUAACAAGAGACUCACUAAGAUGGGCAGCUGCUCGAGAUCCAACCCACUGACCUCUGCUGAUGGCCAGAGCUCAGCAAGCUCUGAAGAUGAGACGUCUCCUCGAGACAAAGAGCAGAUGAACUCUAAAGGAAGUAAGGACUUCUGUGUUAAGGACAUCGGUCAGGCUUCGUUCGGCCGCAGGGAAAUAGAAAUAGCAGAGCAAGACAUGCCAGCGCUGAUGAUGCUGCGAAAGGCAGGACAGGGAGAGAAGCCACUAGCCGGGGCUAAAAUAGUGGGAUGUGUCCAUAUUACAGUACACAUGGCUGUCCUGAUAGAGACGUUGUCUGCGCUGGGUGCUGAGUGUCGAUGGGCUUCCUGUAAUAUCUACUCCAUCCAGAAUAAAGUGGCUGCAGCUCUUGCAGAAGCUGGUAUUCCUGUGUUUGCAUGGAAAAUGGAGUCUGAGGAUGAUUACUUCUGGUGUAUAGACAGCUGUGUGAAUGUAGAAGGCUGGGAGCCAAACAUGAUUCUUGAUGAUGGAGGAGAUAUGACACACUGGAUCUAUAAGAAAUCCCCGCAGCUCUUUCACAGCAUCAAGGGGAUAGUUGAAGAAAGUGUCACUGGUGUUCACCGAUUAUAUGAACUGUAUAAAACCGGAAAGCUUCUUUGCCCGGCAAUUAACGUGAACGAGUCAGUGAUAAAGCAAAAGUUUGAUGACUUUUAUUGCUGCAAGGAAUCGAUCCUGCAUGGUUUGAAGAGGACCACUGCUCUUCCUUUCGGUGGGAAGCAGGUGGUCAUCUGUGGAUAUGGAGAGGUGGGAAAAGGCUGCUGUGCUGCUCUGAAAGGGAUGAAAGCAGUUGUAUAUGUGACAGAGAUUGACCCCGUGUGUGCUCUACAGGCCUGCAUGGAUGGUUUUCAACUGGUCAGACUGAACGAGGUCAUCAGAUUGGUGGACGUCGUUAUCACCUGCACUGGAAACAGAAAUGUCGUUACACGUGAGCUCAUGGAUCAGAUGAAGAAUGGCUGCAUUGUGUGUAACAUGGGCCACUCCCAUACAGAGAUUGAUGUGGAUUAACUGGACAUCUUCCUGGUUUGCUCUGACUCCAUGACUCGGAAUAUUGGAGGUACCAUGGAAUACCAUUAAGGCCAUCAUCAACAUCUGGAUAAAUAAUGCACUACACUGAUGUCACCAAAAAUAGGAUGUCUUUCCAAAAUUAAAGUAGAAAGAAGAAAACCUCCAAGAGAAAGGCUGCCCAAAGCUAGAGCAAUAUUAAAGGAGCUGCAGGAAUAUUGACCGCUCUAAAUAUCAAUCUACUUCACUACAAACCCGUAAGUUUCUGUUAGACAGCUGAAGAUGAUGAAAAAUUUCACCUUCCAGCAUGGGAAUGACUCGAAGAACAACUCCAUAUCAACAAAGGAAAAGAAGAAGAUCGAUUCUGGAGGAACGGUCCAAUCAGAGCUCAGAUCUAAAUCCUGUCAGAAGGCUGUGGAAUCACUUAAAGAUGGCUGUGUUCAGAGGAACACCGCACUAUUGGAUCGAUCUGGAGCAUUUUAGAAGGAAAAGCGAGAUAAAAUCCAAAUCACAUUAAAGGUGAAAAAAAUCAGACAUGAUUUAUUUAUUUUUCAUGAAAUCAAUUUUUAUACUACAAAAAAUUUCAUUACCAUCUUAGCAAAUGAUAUCUUGAA